CGGGGCUGGCGGCUCUGAGGCCUUCCAGAUAGACGUCCCAGCAACCGGUGACGCCGCCCGCAGGAGGCCGACGACUGGUCAGCCGGGGACGCGGGACUGGAGCGUGACUCCCUAUCCCGAGGCGCCUCCCAGCUGCCCCACUCGGCGGCCGCGCGCUCCGCCUGCCCCUUCCUCCGACGCCCCAGUCCCGCGAUCCGGGAGGCGGGGGCGGCGAACCGGCUGAGUGGGGGCUGCGCGGUGUACAAGGAGCCAGUCGGCGACCGAUUUUAUUUGACACAGACAGCGCUGGGGCGAUAGCGCACAAGCAGGGGAGGUGCAGCCUCCCCGCUGAACAGGGAGCCGGAUGCGGGGCUCCAUCCCAGGACCCUGGGAUCAUGACCUGAGCAGAAAGCAGAGGCUUAACGACUGAGGCGCCCAGGCGCUCCUAAACCUUAUUUCCAUAUGAAACGUUAGGAUAGCUUCCUUUUUUUUAUUUUUUUAUUUUUUUUUUAUUUUUAUUUUUUUUAGGAUAGCUUCCUUUACUGAGUUUUCCCAGGCACCUGAAGUCCCCUGUCCAAGGUCACACAGCUAGUAAGGAGGAACUGCCUCUGUGGUUCUUUCGUGGAUGUUGGCAGUUCCAUUUCAGUAAACCAAAGCAGACUACUUGCGGUAUGUGCAGUAUCAGAUAGGGCUAGGGAGGAUACGAUGACUGGAGAGAGGCCUCCUCCUCCUGUAACCUAACUUUUGAAAGAAUUAUUUCCAAAUUAACGUAUUUUUUAAAAGCACUGAGUGCCAUCCAUGUGCCCAACUUCUUGCUAGGCCCAGAAAAGGUGUAAAACGCCUUCCCACAUCCCAGUCCUGCGAUGCUUUGCCCUCUGUGGGUUGCAGUUUUGGGCAAGUGUCAAAGGAACCUAGGGAAUAGACUAUCCUACUAUAUAUGUUCUAUCCCUGCCGACAUCCCUAUCUUCUUCACACUUUCCAGUGCACAGGAAAAGCUCUGUGAAGGCAAAACUUCCAGAAGAGUGUAUUUGGAUCAUGAUCAGGCUUGGGCACUUGGGAUGGGAAGCAGCACUUCCGAAAACUUGUCAGACUGAAUCUGAAGCUGAAAGGGGCAACUUCUUUUGAAGUACUGGACCUUGUUUCUGUUAUGGAAGAAAAGAAAGCAAGGAGUAGCCAUUCUGAUUUCCUCCCAUUCACAGACCCUUUUGCUUCCAGGGCAAACUACAUCAUGGAGUGAGUGUACAGAAUAUCCUGUUACAAAGGAAUGAGAAGAGAACAUCCUGUAGUGGCCACUCCUGCCCAUCGUGGAGGGAGCAGAAACUGCAGAGCUGAGGUUUGUGGCUUUCAAGGCUUUUUUCAAUGGAUCCCAUUUAUGGGGUGUUUUAAGCAGAGCUGAGUAUUUAGGGUGUUUCUAUCUGGCAAUAAGAAAAUGCUCACCAUUUUGUUUGCUUCCUCUCCCUGACCUGUUGAGUGACACAGCCUAUAUAUAUAUAUUAUAGAAGCUAUACCUAAUCUUCACUGAAUUUAGCUGGGACCAACCUAUGGGCCUCUGAGGAGAACAGUCAGUGAUGGGGCCUGCGGGAGGUUCUGUACAGAAAGGCUGAGCCUGCCCCCAGACAGCUACCUGGACCAACCUGUCAGAAAGAUAUAGGGAUAACAUCAGAGAUAAACAGGGCAGCAGAUCAGAGUCCGUCUCCAUAAUGGAGCUUCUCUGCUAGUCUGGAUUCUCCGAUUGCUGGAGCUAGGGCAGUGAAAAAAGACUGGAGAAUGUUUACAAACAACUGGGAUGACCUGAGAAUUAGGAAGGAAUGCUCCUUUCUUCUCCCCAUGUUUCCUGAAGAUGGGAAAAGCACUCCUAGUAUAAUGCCAUUAACUUUCAAUAUUGUUCUUUGUGGAUGAUUCAUGUUCCUUUCUACCUCUUUUCUGAGUCCUGAGUUGCUUUCUCAAGGCAAAGCCAGGGAACUUUGACGUGGGGUGCUUAUUUAUCAGGUGCUGUCCAAAGCAAAGGUGCAGUACUUUGGGGUUUCUCAGAUAACCAUCCCUUACCCGGGCCCCAGUCCUCUCUGAGACUUUUGCCCAGACUGCUGCUUCUGCACAGGUACCCCCCUUGUCCUUCCAGCCCAGCCCUGGCUGGGUUCACACUGGGGACUUAGGAAACCAGAGUCACAGAGGAAGGUGUUGCUGCCAUGUAGGCCCAGGGGCCUUCUCAUUGCCCCUCCCCCGUUGGUGUUUCCUAGUGCAUCUCCAGGCCGAGACCUCCGAUCUACUGACACAAAACAGGCUGGCUAUUCCUCAUCCCCUCCCUCCCUCUCUGAAUCCCUCCUGCCCUUCCUUGCAUGAGGGCCCCCCUCCCCAUAUUCUAGGAGUCCUAUGGCUUUGUCUCCUCUCGGAGAAUGCAAUCCGGGAGACGGCCUGGCCGAGGAAGUUACAAGAGACAGGGACCCUGGGCUUGCCUCUCCAUUCCCCAAGGUGUAGCUGUUGCAGCUGUUACUGUGGCUGACAGCGACUUUCUCCCUGUAGGGCUCUGAGUGAAGGGUGAAGCUGGCUGCAGCCCACCCGAGAAAAAGCUGCAGAGCCUGCCCACAGGAGAAGGAACCUGGUGUCUGCCAGCCAGCUUCCCAGGCCUCCCGUUCCUCCCUCUGCCACCCCCUUUGCAGGCUUUCAGAAAACCGAGUAACACGCAGUCGGAGGAGGUGGACCCCGGAGUGGGAGAGGCACCUUUCCCGGCCAGCCUGGCCCCGGCCUGCAUCCCGAGGGCGCCCCGGCCGAGCCCUCGCCAUGCUCGCCAUGCUCGCGGGAUCAGGGGCGGCGGCGGCGGCGGCAGGAAGGCCCUACGGGUGCAGUGAGUGCGGCAAGAGUUUCCGCUACAGCUCGGUGUUGCUGCGCCACGAGCGCGCCCACGGCGGCGACGGCGGCUACCGCUGCCUCGACUGCGGCGAGCGCUGUGCCUCGGCGGCCGACCUGCGCGUCCACGGGCGCGCCCACGCGGGCCAGACACUCUACAUCUGCGGCGAGUGCGGCCAGAGCUUCCGCCACAGCGGCCGCCUCGACCUGCACCAGGGCGCGCACCGGCGGCGCAGCUCCCGCGCUUGCCGCGCCUGCGGCCGCCGCUUCCCACACCACCCGGCUCUGCUGCUGCACCGGCGCCGCCGGCACCCCCCCGAGCGGCCGCGCCGCUGUCCCCUGUGCGCCCGCGCCUUCCGGCAGAGCGCGCUGCGCUCCCACCAGGCGCGGGCGCACCCGUGGGCCCUGCCCGCCGUGCCCGGCCCCCCGCCCCUCCGCGGCGCGCAGGGCCCACGGGCCUUCGGCAGCCACACGGGGCCACGGAGCCACGCCCGCGAGUCCGCAGGGCCGCCGCCCGCGCCGGCCACGCACCAGUGCGGUGUGUGCGGGAAGAGCUUCGGCAAGAGCUCCAUACUGGCGCGGCACCUGCACACGCACUCGGGGGAGAGGCCCUUCGCGUGCCCCGAGUGCGGAAAGGGCUUCCAGGAGAGCGCCACGCUGGUGCGCCACCAGCGGACGCACACGGGGGAGAAGCCGUUCGCGUGCGGGGACUGCGGCCGCCGCUUCAGCGAAAGCUCCACCCUGGUGCGCCACCAGCGCAGCCACCGGGGAGAGCGGCCGCACGCGUGCCCCACGUGCGGCAAGGGCUUCGGGCAGCGCUCCGACCUCGCGGUGCACCAGCGCAUCCACACGGGCGAGAGGCCCUUCCCGUGCGCCGAGUGCGGCCGCCGCUUCAGCGACCGCUCCGACCUCACCAAGCACGGGCGCACGCACACGGGCGAGAGGCCCUACCGCUGUGAGCUGUGCGGCAGACGCUUCACAUGCGUGUCCAACCUCAACGUGCACCGGCGCAACCACGCCGGCCGCAAGCCCCACGAGUGCCCCGAGUGCGGCAAGGCCUUCAGCGUGGGCUCCAAGCUGGCACUGCACCGCAAGACCCACCUGGGCGAGCGGCCGGCCGAGUGCGCCGAGUGUGGCAAGUGUUUCAGCCACAGCCGUUCGCUGUCCCAGCACCAGCGGGCCCACGCCCGGGCUCGAGCCGCCGGCGCUGCCACCCAAGCCACCGCAGCAGCCGCAGUCCUCUUCGCCAGGCAGGCAGAGCAGGAAAAGCCUGGCCUCUGGUGUCCUAGUUGAGGGACACCUGCUGAGAAGCGUCUUGGGAGGCGGCUGGGCAGGGACUGAAGCGCUGGCACAGCGACAGUGGGGCACCCGGCAGGCGGAGGUCCGCGCGAGGUCACCGUGGCUGCCCGCGGCCUUCCCACGCCCCCGCUGGUAACCCU